AUUUAUUUUACAUCCCUAAUUAAAACGUCAAUGUCAACUUAAUGUCAACCAAGAAAACAACAAUCGACAGUUUUUGUUUCGGGCUGUUUUGGGAAUUAAACAUUUAAUAGUUUAAAUAAAAAGAUACUAUCAUGUUAAAUAAAGUACUCCUAUCGCCAGACGUAGCUCUGGUUUGUACUCAACAUGCUCUAUCAACAGAGAAAGAAGAAAUAAUGGGGCUACUCAUUGGAGAGGUACAUGAUAACGGUACCGUCGUUUCCAUUGCAUCAUCUGUAAUACUGCGUAGACUAGACAAAAAACCAGAUCGUGUAGAGAUCUCUGAGGAGCAACUUGUGCAAGCUACUAUGAGAGCAGAAGAACUUGCCGCGGAAGUUGGUCGACCACUUAGAGUUGUAGGAUGGUACCACUCUCAUCCACACAUAACUGUGUGGCCUUCACAUGUUGAUCUUGCGACACAAUACAUGUAUCAGAGAAUGGAUUCUAGCUUUGUGGGAAUCAUUUUUGCAGUUUUUCUCACAGAGCAAUCUACUAAAGCACCAUCGAUUCAAAUCACUUGUUUUCAAUCGGUAAAUGAAGGUUCAAACCUAAGUAGGAGAGAAGUAACAAUGGAAUUAGUCAAUAACAAUGACUCUUUAUUGGAAAACAAUUUUCAGAUGCUAACUAAGCUACCAGCAAUUCUCAAAGAAGAAGAAGAUGAGGCUUAUAAUAAUGAAGUUGGCCAGGCUGAAUGCCAUGACAUUAUAAAUAAACAACAUAAUGCAGCUGUUAGAACAAUUGCAAUAGGCCACAUUGUUGAAAAGGUUUGUUUAUUGAUAAUGAACAUUUUACACAGUGACUAUAUGAAUCACAUCAGUACUAAACUUAUGACAUAUGAUUCAUAUAAUAUCUACAUUUCAUAUUACAGAUGUCUCGUCCUAUGCUGGAGGCUCUUGUUGCCAGGAAUGCAUUAAAUACUGUGCGUGUAAAAGCUCUAAAGAAACAGCAUCAAGAAAUGAUGUUACGCUUAGAAACAAUGCCUUGUAAUGUUUAAGAUGUUAUUUAUUACAUAUUUGACAGAAUAUUUAGUAACAAUAAAUAUUAUUGAUACAUAAAUACCAAAAACAAACAUGAUUAAUUCACAUUAAGUCAUGUUUAUCUACUAUUUCAAAACCAUCAGAUGAAUCAGCACUUGCAACUCUCUUUCUCUUAUUGUCAUCAGUUUUUGUAUACAUCAUAUUUGAUACAGCACCUGUUAAAUUCCAUAAAACAUUAUAAGCUGAACUACUCCAUGUUGUUGCUUGUUCAGCUACUUCAACAGUUGACUGAAGAUGUUCCUUAUGCCUUUCUGAAAUUUAAUAAAUAUUAUUAAUAUUAGAAUUUUACAUGUUAAGAUAAACCACAGUAGUAUUCUAAACAUUUUGUGGUUUUGUUAUUAAAAUGAUGAAGUAGACAUACCAAUUGGUAUAUAUUCAUCAUCACUGGAAUCUGUAGUGUCUACAUCUUUAUCAAAUGUACGCAUUUUUUCCAUUGAUAAAUUUGUAACAAGUGAACUGCUAUUUUCUGAACUGUCACUGACUUCUUCAAUAGGUAAAUCGUCUGGUUUCCAAUAAUCUGAGAUAAAAAUAUGCUAAUUAAACAAAAUUAAAAAGGUAACACCAUAUAAUUUUGGAGGUAAUUUUAUUUUUAUGGGAACCAUAGUAAGACAUACAAAGUAUUACCUAAGCUUUGUCGUUCAUCAAAUAACUGAUUUUGUUCAGGUUCUAUAGAUAGCAACUUUAUAUCAUUAUCAGUCACUUCAGGAAUAAGACCUUCAAACUCCAUAUCAGAAUCUGAAAACAAAAAUGCAACAAGGUUGACAACAGACAAAUUAUUACUUACUAGAAACAUAAAUUAGAACAUCUCAAUACCUUUUGACAUGAAGUGACAAUACCUUUCGACUAACAUUUUGUUUUAAAAAUUUAUUUUCAUUAAUAAUAUUACAAAGAAGGUACUGUCACUUUGACCAUCUGUGACUUUCAACAAUGUCUUGCUAUACCAGUAAUAGUUGAUAAAACUUUGAUCAUACCUGCAUUUUGUUGAAGCUUUUUAACAAUUUUUAUAGCAGGUGGAGCCAAUUUGUUAAUAAAACAUACAGCCAUACACAAAACAUAAAAUAAUAGAUAUCCUCCCAUGCAUUUGCCUAAUAUAAGUAUCCCUCCUAAUACCAAGUUCACCAAUAUAAAUGCCUGGAAAAAAAUUAUUAGGCUUAUUAUAAAAUAGAAAGUGUAAUUAAUUAAACUGUUUAAGUGUAGGUAAUUAAUUAGUACUGGUUUUAUAGACUUAUGAUAAAUAGCUAAGAUAGGCAAGGCUCAGAUAAAGUUAGGAAAGCUUCCUUAUAUGCUACAUCUCACACCCAAUGAAUUAAAAAUGACACUGACAAUUAAUAACAUAGAUAAGCCUUUUCACCAAAUUAAUAGUAUGAAAAAUUGAAAAUUUUGAAACAUUAAGUCCUGAAGCUAGGGUACAUUUAAUAUCAAUCAAUCAUCAUAACAUUUAUAUUUUUUGCAUAAUUAAUAAAUUACAGUGAUACAUUGAGUUAAAAUGUCACAUGAUGUCAUGUUUUUUUGACAUAGCAUGCCCCACUCCUCAACUUUAAUGUCUAUUAACUAAGCUAUUUCUUGAUUAAUUUAUUGCAUUAAAAUAUGUAUUAUAUAAAUUAUUACUUUUACCUUAGUAUGAUUGGUUUCCCGUAAGUACAUAUACUCUAUCCAUUUUUUAUGUAACCAACAUCUUACUUGGAGAGUCACUUUGCUCAACUCAUCUCCACUAUGAUCAGAGAGUCUUUUUAAACAUGUAGUUCUAUGUUUGUGUUUUAACCAUGUUUCAAAUGCGUCAAUAGAAAUAAAAGAGACGCAAAAAUACAAAACCACUUCUAAAAUGUUGAUUUGUUUGUUUAUAAAUAUACUGAAAAUAAAAUCUGUGAGGUAUUAAAUAAUAACUAAAUAAAUAGGUACUUAAUUCAAAAUACUUACAAAAACGUCACAUUUAAAACAAAAAUAAAUGUUAAAGAAAGCCACACUCUCUUCCAAAAUAAUAUAUCUUCAAGAACCCCUUUUAAAAUAGAAAUUAUGUGAUAUGAUUGUGUUUGUUGACUUUUCUGAAUAUCCAAUUUUCUUGAAGCUCCCCAUUUUAAAAACCUUUUCACAGAAGCAUACAUUCUUAAUAAUGCGCAGUUAUUUUAAUUUAGAUCGAAUUCAUCGCUUUGUUUUCGCUUGCUUGAUGAAAACCAAAUUCGCAAAAAAU